AUGGAAGAUUCAUGUAGAAACCUGAUUCUAGAGUAUCUAUUGCACAACUGCUAUGGCAAUACUGCGAAAGCCUUUAUCUCCGAUAUGCGGAAUUUAGACAUGCUCAACGUGAAUACAUCUAUCCUUGAUAAGAAUGGCAAUGUCAUUCAUAGUGCAUCAAACAAUAAUACUUCCGGUGUCCAUGACUGUAAUGGAAAUAUGCGUGAUCGAAUAACAGAAUCAGAUAUGGAGUGGGUGUCUUCAACGGAUAACGACACCAAUCAUGAACGGCCGGAUCACUUCAGCCGCCUCCAUGGGAUAAACAAUGUACAUAGCCAAGUUCGAUGGUCACAAUUGGAAGCACGGAAAGAUUUAUAUUAUGCGAUACAGAAAGGCGAAAUAGCGAAGGCUUUCGACUUACUGAAUGAGCAUUUCCCAGUGUUGACGUCGUCAGCAGAUGUCACGAACCGAAAAGUCCAAUUUCGGUUAAAUUGCCAAAGAUUUAUAGAAAUUGUACGAUUGGGAGAAACAUUGGAGGCACUCAAGUUCGCACAAACGACAUUGCGAGCGUUAUCAAACGAUCUUAAGAUCAACGGUACCCCAGAGGAAAUCGAAACGCUCUCUACUGUGUCCUCACUUAUCGCCUAUCAAAACCCUGAACAGUCGCCGAUUGCCAAAUACCUCGAUCAAUCUUACAGAGAUGAAACCGCCGAUAUUGUGAAUAAUGCAGUUUUAGAGUUGGUGGACCUGCCUGUUGAAACACGCCUGGAAAAAAUCGUCAAGCAGAUGACUGUGGUUCGAUCGGAAACCAGUGCAUUGAGCUCAAAAGAUGAAACCUCUACACCAUACGAUGACAUUGGUAACAUUUUACAGUUGUAA